UGUAAAAUAACGAAUACAUCUUCUUCGAUGAGUUUCGGUGGUUUCAAACUUCAUCGACGAAGAACAGAAACACGAAAGGUGCUGAAACAAGUUGAAACUUUCAACAAUUGUACAGUGGAGAAACGCAAUAAAACACAAUCUUUAACGAAACAAUUGUUCUUCGUCGGUACUACUCAUACGUUGCGUAACUUCUUCCGGACACGCGAACGAAAACAUAUUUCAAAGACUACUACCGAAGACAAACGAUAACAUCGUGAAAGACCUACAUGCCAGUACAGUUGUGUCAUUAUCAACGACUCCACGCUUUUCCGGCAGCUGAAACAUCUUUCGAAAGGAAAUUUCGAUUGCUCUCGAAACGGUGAAGAUUGUUUACAAUGGCCUUCACUUGGAAACUGACAGUCACGGCACUUCUGGGUAGAAAUGUACGCGAUCAAAAAUGUCGAUUCUUCUCCGUAAGCUGCUUUCGCUGCGGGACCGUCGUCCCCUUCAAACUAUCGGAUAUCGGAGAAGGAAUUCGAGACGUCACGAUAAAAGAGUGGUUCGUGAAACCAGGCGACCGGGUGUCUCAAUUCGAUAACAUUUGUGAGGUUCAAAGCGACAAAGCAUCUGUGACGAUUACCAGCCGUUACGACGGAUUAAUUAAAGCCUUGCACUACAAGGUGGACGACGUAGCUCUGAUAGGAGAUUCAUUGCUGGACAUCGAACUAGAUGGUGAUAAUGGGAACAUGGAAGUUAAGACGAUGAUCUCUGACAAACAGCAUCCGCAACAACAAACUAUAAAAACCGAUAACAAGCAGAGCGUUAAAGGUGACGAGGAAGACUGCGCAGUAAAAUAUGGGUUAGACAAGGCGCUAACAACUCCUGCGGUCAGAAGAAUAGCUAUGGAGAAUCAUAUUAAGCUAAAGGACGUCAUUCCUACGGGCAAAGGUAAUCGAAUACUUAAAGAGGAUAUAUUGACUCAUUUGGAAAAAAUGUCUACUAGCUCCGAGAAAAAAAGGGUCGAAGAAAAAUCAACGGCGGAAACGGUGAUACCGAUAAAAGGCUAUGCCAAGCAUAUGUGGAAAACGAUGACGCAGUCCCUGAGUAUACCACACUUUGUGUACAGCGAUGAGUGUAACGUUAACAGACUGAUGGACUACCGAAACGAAGUGAAGGAUUCGGUGAAAGAGCAAGGCGUUUCUUUAAGCUUGAUGCCGUUUUUCAUAAAAGCCGCAUCCAGAGCAUUAGAAAAGGUGCCACAGCUAAACGCAUGGCUUGAUGAAGAAAAUCAAACGUUACGUAUUCAAAAGAGGCAUAACAUCGGUAUUGCUAUGGAUACACCUGAGGGUUUAAUUGUACCGAAUAUUAAAAAUGUUCAGGAUUUAGAUAUUAUAGAGAUCGCAAAGCAAUUAAACCGUCUUCAAGAACUUGGAAGAAAAUCUUCGAUCCCGCCAAACGAUUUAUCGAAUACAACGUUUUCACUGUCGAACAUAGGUGUUGUGGGCGGUACAUAUACAAAACCGGUGAUUCUUCCUCCACAAAUUGUGAUCGGCGCGUUUGGAAGAGUGCAAAAAUUACCACGCUUCGACGAUAAAGGAAACGUAGAAGCCGCAAACAUAAUUUCUAUUAGCUGGGCUGCCGAUCAUCGAAUAGUGGAUGGCGUCACAAUGGCUAAGUAUUCAAAUCUCUGGAAACAUUACAUUGAAAACCCUGUAUUUUUACUGUUAGGAGCGUGAAAAUGUAUUUUGAAGUAAGGAUGUUUUUUAUGGGAAUUUUUUAUACGUAAUAAGUUACGAAUGAUUAAAAAACUUUAUACCAUACUUGAAUAUUAUCGAUAAGGAUUGAUAUGUAGAGUAUAGUGAAAUGUUUAAACAUUUUGUACGUAAAUAUUAAUUUAUUUAUUGCUGCACAACCAACUAGGACUUUUUAAGAAAGGUAAAAUAUCUUUUUCUAACAAAUUCAAAGUUUCAUACAACUGUAUGGUAGUCAUUAUAUGAUGACCAGUUAAACCACUGUGAGCAUUUCUUGUACAUUUAAUCUAUCAUACAUUGUAAUACAAAUUGUUUGAACAGAUAUUCCAAAAAAAUAUGUCAAGGAAGUGGUUGUACUAAUUAAUGUUGUCUUUUUAAUAACUUUUUUCUUCGACUUAAUUGGAAUAUUAUUCAAUCAAAUUAUUAAAAGCAUUGGUUAAUCUUAUAAAAUGAAGAAAUUAUUAAAAACUAAUAUCGAAUAAAAUAUUGAUUGCAAUGAAGAUCUAAAUAAUGAAUACAACCACUUGUACACUUAUAUAUUUUCAAUUUUUUAUAUAUACAGUUUCAUGUAUCGCAUUUUUAAUCACACAUUUUCCAUACAAUCAAUACAUUCCAUUAAAUGCCACUUAAAUAUUUGCUCAAAAAGUAGUCAGUCUGUUUAGUAGUUAGAGUAGUAGAAAAGAUUGUAUAUGCAUUUCAUGGUCCAAAAUUUUUUUUGACAAUCAAAAUUUCAAUUUAUGCUGCAGAAGACAUUAAUUGAGUAUUUGAGCAUAAAAUAAUAUUUAAAAUGAGAUGUUAUAUCUUGCUAAAAAAGUAUUAAUACAUAUGCAAAAUCCAGUUUGUACAUUUGUUAUGUAUAAACAAAUAGAAUAUUUAUUGAAACAUAAAGCAUACAAUAAAUAAGCAUUCUUUUCUAUUAUAAAUCUUAUACAUAAAAUUGAUGUUAAAAAAAUACACAAAAUAUUAAUAAAAAUACAAGUAUUAUCAGGCGAAAAUAUAAUCCACCUUCGAUUAUACUUCUUACUUUCCAAUAUGACUAGGUAUGCAGAUUAUUAUUGAUAAUAUAGUUAGUUCAAAAAUUUAAAUAUCAAGCUGCUUUUAUGUAUACCUUAUAUAUUAUAGAACUACAUGUACUCAUAAAAAAUAAUCAAAACAUAUAUAAUUUUUACUAAGAAUUGGGUAUAUAGUCAUCUAAAAUUACUUUCACAAAAUACCUAAAUCAAAAAUAAUUUGUUCUUUUUGUCAGUUUACUUCUAAAAUAUAUCAAAAUUCUACGUAUUUCCCAUAGAAGGUGUAUUUCUUAUUGAGUGAAUAAGUAUCACCGGUAAUUUCGCGAAACAAAUCUUUCUGUAAAUAUAACAUUUUUUUUUAUAAUUCUUGAUUCUGGAAGUUCUAUGCUUCGUUAUAGUUUCAAAUAAUGUACUGAGAUAUUCAAAGCUCUGAUAAUUAUAGAAGAGAACAAUUCAUAUAUAUUUGAAGUUAUGCUGAACAUACACAAGCUCAUGUAUGUAUAGUUUUCCACUGUAUAACUACCAUAUAAGUGUAAUAUCGUUUUAAGCGAGUUAUUUAAAAAAUUACUACAAAAAUGAAUAUCGAAAAAUAUUUUGUAUCGACUUUGAAAAACAUCAAAAAAAUAUAGAAAGCAAUAAAAUCAAACAAUACAUAUUUACUUAAACAUAUCUAUAGAAAUGCAUAAACCAUUUCUUCUAAAUGUCCUUAUAACUAAUGAAACUAAUUCAAAUGUAAAAAAAUGUAUAAAUAAAGAGAAUGUGCAUAGUAAUUGUUUUGUAUAUGCGAGGUAAAGUGAAGUGCAAUAUUGUUAUCUUGCUAUAAAAGUUCUGGGAUACAAAUAGUAUACUAUAUUACAACUCAUAACUUGACGUGAAUAGUUCACUUGUGCUAUACAUCACCAUACAACCUUUCUAAACAUUUAUCUCACAGCUCUACUCCAUUUACAUGAAUAACUUUCUUUUUUUCUUUUUUCUUUUAAUAUAACUUCACUAACAUAGAAAAGUAGUGUUUUAUCUUAUGAUUUGGCAUUAUUAUGCCAUAUUAAUAACUGUUGUUCGAAAACAGUUCCUACAAGGUACAUACAUUUGUUCCUUUACAUAGAAUGAAUGAAAUAUAAUAAUUCACAACCAUAACAAUAAAGAUCUCAUUUUAUCAAACACUUAACAGCUGACUUUAUGAUAAGAGAAUUGCUAGUAUCUAAUAAAACAAACUUAUCAAAAACAAUGGCAAGCAAAAAUAUAUAAAAUUGUUUGAAAAAUGUAAAUUUAUAUUUCUGAUAAGUAUCUUUUUAUUAAAAAAGGAAGAAAAAAGAAAAAGAAUCCAAACCAAUAGUAACAAAACUAUUAAAAACAUAACCAAUAAAAUUACGGCACAUAGAAGAACAUUCCUUUUUUCUUUACAUUAAUAAGAUUCUCACAGAUAUGUUUUUCAAAUGAAAUUGAAGUGUAUCAUUUUUUAAAUACGAACUGUAAAUAGUACAAGCAAGUUAAUUAUGGAACUCUUUUUGCUUUUAAAGUCUAUGCAUUAGGAUAAAUUUGUAGAAAAACCAUUUUUCUACAUAUACAAAAUAUGUACUUCACAUGAUAUCUCACAAAAGAAGUGUCUGUAAGAAUCUCGCCUAGUUGACAGAGAUAAUGUUUGUAUAUAAUAUAUAUGCAUAAUAUAUAUUCAUUUUCAUAUAAUAUUUUUUUAAAUAUAUAUGAGUAAUAAAUAGUAUUUUGUUUCUGGCACAUUGUCAGCUCUCUGCAAAGAGAACAAGUGAGUUGACACAAAUAUAAUCAACGUCAUAAAACAACACAAAUAUAUGCAUUCUUUUGGAGAUAGAAAUUCGGGAAGAAACUUAUCAUCUUAUGAUUGUUCACUAAAUAGUUCCUAUUUUACCUACUUAUAUAACCAAAUAAUAUGAGUAAGCUGUGGAUUGGCCCAUGAAGGAAUUUUUCUUAAAAAUAGUUUUUUUAUACAUCACAUUUCAAAUUCUUUUCCUCGUCCUAAAUUGUGCAAGAGAACGCGUUUCUAAUCUAUGGUAUAACCUAAGAAUAGAAUUCUUCCUCAAAAUUAUUUCUGUUUUUAAAAAGCUUAGUUCACAAGUUGUAACCACUGGAAGCCAGAAAUAUUUUCCUCAAAUAAAUACCAUCACUCCCACCUUUGGUAACGCUGUUUCAGUCAUUCAAUUGCUUGACAGUAUCAAAGGGAAUAUGAUCUACUACCAUGAAAACAAGCGUUCA